CCUAGCAAGGCAGCGAUGGUGGGAGACUAACUUCCCCAACACGGCACAAUGGCGACGCAGGUAGAAGAACUAUAGUUGUUUCACUGACUGCGCGUUGAUCCUAUGCUGUCGGCUACAGCACAAAUCGGGGAUGGCACGAACUAAUGGCGGAAUCUGACAAUGACAUCAGCCGUCACGCGCAGGAAUGGACGACAAUCCUGCACAAGGGCGUGGAACACGACAACUGGGGUCAGCCUGUCGAGGCUAUGCUCUACUAUAAGCAGCUCGCCGAAGACAUAAAUGUGCAAGUCGCGCGACCCGGGUACCUAGCUGUGUGUAGGCACGAAGAAAAGAACAUUCUAUCGGAUAUUCUCGCUCAACUGGAACUACGUUGUAUGGAGCUAGAAGAUCCUAGCUCUCACUACGGCACACAAACGGGUAGCAUUGUCAAACUUCAGCAAGCAGCUUUUGCUGAACUGACGUUGUCAUCGACUGGAGAAUACUCACCAGAGGGUGCUGGCAUCCCUUUAAUGAGCAGCGAGAUCCCAACAGAAGAGCUAAAAUCUCAAGGUGUUGAAGAAACCGUGGGUGAUGAAGGACACUUGGACGAGGAAGGAGAAUUUGUUGAUCGCGAGCAGCUUAGAAAACUACAAGGCACCCUGCUUCCCCGCAUUGCGUUGCGGGCGGGAAAGACGGUCCUGUCGAUAUACGUGGAGAAAAUCGGAAUUAAGAACGCGAGCGAGCUGAUCGAUCCGUACCUGACUGUCUCCGUGCGAGAUAAGUUAGGCGUUGCGAUGACGCCUAUACAGGACACUCCCGUCGCUUUGUCUAAAGACGAGACGUUCGCCUAUUUCCACGUGACAGUCGAAGUUCAGAGAUGCGUCGAGUAUCUCCCAGCAGGUUUUGUCAUCUUCUUUGAACUGAAGCAUUUUAAGCCAAAGAAACAAAGGAAAAGUGUCAAGUGCUUCAGCUUUCUGGAGAGCGAUGAGAUUAAGCAAGGACCUGUUGUCAUCGAGCUCUAUAGAAAGCCGACCAACUACCGCCGCUCAAACCUCAAGCUGCUCACGACGAAGCCACUCUAUCUGAACCUCAAUCUCAGUCUACACCAUUCACCGGCAAACUAAUCAAGGCGAAUAGAUCAGCAGCCAUUCAGGAUUCUUUCACCGAAGCGUACGUGACUGCCGACAUGGAAACCCACCGGAUCGUUGUUGCACGGUUUCAGGUCAGUACGAAGAUUAUUGCUGCGGCAGUUCUCAUAUCUUAAGUAAUUAAUUUUCUCCUGUGUGAUUACGUAGGAAUGUAGGAUGAUCUGUGCGAGUAUAGAUGUAGGAACAGGGUAACAGAGUGGGACGCUGUAAUAGUAGACGCUGUAAUAGAUUACUCAACUAGUAUCGUAAUUAAACGUAACACCAUCAUGUCACUUGUUGA